AUGAACAACGUCGGUACAGGUUUCAAACUUGUACCCGACAGUACUUCUGGUGCAGCGGCGGGCAACAUUGGCUCAGCGUCUUUCCUCGACUCAUCUUUCAACAAUGUUAAGACAGUGGUACAGAUUUCACCUCCCACUUCGACGGUCGGGUCAGGCAGUACCGGUCUCAUCCUCGCAAAUAUCAAGCUUUCAGGUGUGGGUACUACCGUCGCCGAUACAGGAGGAAAGACAAUAUUGGCCGGAUCCUCAUCCAAGAUCGACGAAUGGGCCAUGGGCCCAGUCUACAAAGGCUCGGCUGAUAAGAAAGACCGCAAGUUCACCACAGGAGAGAAGGUCGGAAGUUUCCGUCGUCAUUCAACACUUGUCGAUAACGAUGGGGCGUACUUUGAGCGUCCCAAGCCUCAGUACGAAGACCGUUCAGUGGGCGACUUCGUGCACAUUAAGGACCUUGGAGCCAAAGGCGACGGUAUCACUGACGACACGGCGGCGUUCCAAGCUGCACUGUAUGCGAGUCUGGGAAGAAUACUUUUCGUAGAUGCUGGCUCUUACAUACUCACGUCGACAGUGACGGUUCCCAGUGGCUCCAAGAUUGUUGGCGAAACAUGGUCUCAGUUGGUUGCUUCUGGGUCUUACUUCGAAGAUGCGCUCCAUCCCAAGGUGCUGCUCAAGGUCGGUACCAACGGCCAAGUAGGAGAUGUAGAGAUGCAGGACCUGUUCUUCACCACAGUCGGGGCAACGGCUGGAGCCAUCCUGGUCGAGUGGAAUCUGAAAGCAUCGAGCGCUGGAUCGGCUGCGCUGUGGGAUUGCCACGCACGUGUUGGAGGCGCCACCGGGACCAAGUUGACGCCAAAGGAAUGCCCACCAGUCACCAGUGGUGUUGAUCAAGGCUGCAGUGCCGCGAGCUUGAUGUUUCACCUGACGUCGUCUGGCUCCGCGUAUCUCGAAAACGCGUGGUUCUGGGUCGCAGAUCACAUGAUUGAUGAUCCCGAUCUCGAAAGCGGUGCCAAUAACAUGGUACAAAAUUCGGUCUAUGUUGCGCGUGGCUUCUUGGCCGAAAGCACCGAGCCGACAUGGCUUUACGGUGUUGCAUCCGAGCAUGCUGUAUUUUAUCAGUUCAACUUUCACCGAGCCCAAAACAUCUUCGCGAGUUUACUCCAGACAGAGUCACCAUACUAUCAACCCACGCCAUCUCCACCCACUCCCUUCAAGUCCGCUCUUGGCGUCUUUUCAGGUGACCCAACAUACGAAUGUGCGGCUGGCGAUGAGUUCAGUGGGUGUGACGAGUCGUGGGCGAUCAUAAUGCGAGAAUCGCAGAAUGUCUUCAUCGCAAGCGCGGGCCUAUACUCGUGGUUUUCGACGUACGCGCAGACCUGCAUCGACCAGCAACUAUGCCAGAAAGCCCUGCUUUUGCUUGAAAAGAACUUCUCCAAUGUCAGGAUUCAGCACCUCGUUACCAUCGGCGCCAAGUAUAUGGCAGUCAUGGAUGGCAAGGGCAUACUAGCCAAGGAUAAUCUCAAUGUCGAUUCCCACCCCUUCUGGUCGCAGAUAUCUGUGUUGGAUGUCAGCAGCAAUGGCUCCAUGUACGACGAGUACAUCUGGAUUCCCCCGUGGACCCGUGCUACAAGCACACUGAACUAUCCACUGAUCACCGUCAGCGAUGGCGAAUGGACGAGCACCAUCACGAAACCGCCCAUGACGAUAUCGGAGUGGGUGUUUGAGCCAGUGACACUGACUGGACAAGCCGUCAACCAGAAGCGCCAGGGCUUCGAGGCUUUUUGGCCCAAAACCGCGACCACACCCCACUGGCCUUCGGUGAUCUACGCCGGUCCAGAUGGUGAUUCUACCACAGUAGGGCCUAAGAUAUCCUUUCCAAAGCCACCUCAAUCCAUCGGUCCCAAUGCGCAGCCUCCACCGACGGGUAGCUGGCCCAAGAGGCAAAUUCAGCCUAUCAUUGGUCAGAUCGAGGAGCCGUUGGUCAAGGAGUGUGGCUUCAUAGACUGGGUUUGCUUCACCGAACCAUGGAUCUUCGGCGACAACAACACCAACUCGGAUGGGGAUAACGGCGAUUUCGGCGAAAACUGGGAAGACAGCUGGGUCGUAUGUCCAAUACCGAGCAGUUCCUCGUCUAGUUCGACCUCUUCCAGGACGUCGACGAAAACGACAACAAGUGAAGACCCGCCGGAGCCUACGGCGUCUCCGCGCGAAGGCGAUCCAAUGCAGAAUGAAGUCGACUGUUACGGUGGCCUGGAUCAGAAGACGGAGCAUACGCGCAUGGACAGCGCCAUCCACGACUUUUGCAUUGCGAUAGGUAGCUCGGGUGACGUCUUCAAGGAAAAUUACUUCAAGUCGUUAACUUACACAUUCUACCACAGCACGGGAACCGGUGUCCAAAUCCUCAUAUCGCUCAGCGUCGACCCAGGCUGCCAGUUCAAGUAUGACUACGACUUGUGCCACAAAUAUCUGGAGGUUCCUGUCAACAGCUGUCAAUGUGGGGGUGUGAACGGGAAGCAGGGUGGGUUUCUGAAUAACGACUGCUACGAGUGGAGGAUUGAUCCGCAAACGACGUUCUAA